AUGGCAGAAUCAUUUAUUAUUGCAAUAGACUUUGGGACUGCAUACAGUGGCUAUGCCUAUAAUAUCACUUCCAUUGAAGGAGAAAUUGAUCCCAUGUUGAAAAAGUGGGGAAAGGAGCAUGGACUUGAAACCCCAAAGACCCCAACCAGCAUCCUGUUUGACGAACAUGGAGAAUUCAUGAAGUUUGGCUAUGAGGCCAAAACCGCAUACAUCAAGAUGAGAGGAGAAGAUGCAAAGAAACAUUAUUUUUUCGAGAACUUCAAGAUGGCUCUUUAUGGCAGAAAACUCGUCAGGGAUGUGACAAUUAAAGCAGCCAAUGGGAAGGAAAUGACAGCUCUGAAGGUUUUUACAGAAGCUCUAAGAUUCCUGAAGGAAGAUGCUUUGAAAACCAUCAGUUCCAAUGUAGCAGGACUAGAGUUUUUGGCCUCUGACUUCAACUGGGUGCUCACUGUCCCUGCCAUCUGGGAUCCUUCAGCCAAACAGUUCAUGAGAGAAGCUGCAACUGAGGCAGGUAUUGUGACUGAAGACACAGAAGAAAAACUGAUCAUUGCACUUGAACCAGAAGCAGCUUCAGUCUGGUGUAAGAAGCUUCCAUCAGAUGGAUUCAUUACACCGAACCACAAUAGAGAUUCCUUGGAUGAGUCUCCAGGGACACAGUAUAUUGUAGUUGACUGUGGAGGAGGAACCAUCGACAUCACUGUUCACGAAGUUCUGGAAGGAGGAGCUCUAAAGGAGCUACACAAGGCUUCUGGAAAUGAUCUGGGAGGACAAACUGUGGACAAAAAGUUCAAAGAGUUUCUUGGAGAAAUAUUCUGUGAUGGAGUCUGGGAUGAAUAUGAAAAAAAUUAUCCCAGUGAGGUUCAGAAAAUGAUGUAUGAUUUUACACGUCUCAAACAAGUAGAUGAAGAUGUUCAGAUCACCUGUCCUUAUAAUCUGGGAAAACUGGCUCAGAAAAAGAAAGAAAUAGAAGACUUCUUUAAGUCUGUGGAAGGUGCUUUCUGGAAUGAGGGAUCAAUAAGAAUUUCAAAAGAGAAAAUGAGAUUUUUCUUUGCAGAGAGUCUGAAGGGCAUCACUGAGAGCCUCAAUGAAAUCUUUAAGAAAGAUUUCAGAAUUGAAUUUAUUCUACUAGUGGGGGGAUAUGCUGGAAGCCAAAUCCUGCGGCAGCACAUUUCUGAUCAGUUUGCUGAUAAGUGCAAAGUGCUGUGUCCAUUCAGAGCUCAGGAGGCAAUUGUAAAGGGAGCUGUACAGUUUGGGAAAAACCCAGAGCUGGUUGCUUCUAGAAAAAGUGCCUACACCUAUGGGACUGAAAUUGCUGAGAUGUUUGAUCAAUCAAAGCAUAAAGCAGAAAAGAAGUUUCUAGCUGAUGGGCGUGAAAUGUGUGGUGAUGUUUUCAUGAAACUUGUGUCAGAAGGUGAUGAUGUCUCUUGGGAUGAGAUCAAAGAGCACACCUUAUAUGCAGUCGAAGCAGAACAAACAGCCAUGAGUUUAACAUUUUUCCGCACAGAAAGGCAAAAUGUGAAGUAUGUUGAUGAGUGGGGAGUAGAGGAAGUCGCUUCAUUUGAAGUAGACAUGCCCAUUGUCAAAGGGGGGAGAAAACGUGAAGUCAAGCUGCAAAUCAAGUUUGGUUCAACAGAGAUAACAGCUACAGCCACUGACAUGGCUUCACUAUCAAAAGGUUCUGUCAAGAUUGAUUUCAUGACCAAAUCAUAA